UACCAUAAUUGCUUAUAAUUAUAUUUUCUGUUCGGAUUUCCAGGCAUUGCACUGAAAAUGUAAGUGAAACAUGAAUCGAUUGAAGCAUCCUUACAGGAAAAUUAAGAGAUAAACGACCAUUUAACCUCGCGUGCUUUCGUAAAUGCUCGUGACACAUACGGAUUCCCGUUUAGGGGGGCAAAAAAGUUCCUGGUAAACACGCAUCUUUGCCACCUUAUGGAACUGACGAAAAACCGGAGAAAAUAAAAAAAUAUUUAUUUCUGUUCGGGCGGAAUGGACUGAUGAUCGGGAAAAUAAAAUGAAUUUUUCAGCAAGCGUUCUUAUCACCAUUCUAAUUAAAGACAUGCCGGGGUAAUCCACAAGGGACAGGUCCUUACGUCUGCGACGGAAUAAAAAGUAAGCUAACCCAAUAGACCUGAGACAAACUUCAUCAAGACACCUACUGGGAAAAAAAGAAAAAAAACUUUUCGGGGAGCUUUUAUCAAUUUCCACCCACUUUCGAGUCGAUUCAACAAGCCGAUGACAGCAAGUGCAUUCUAUAAAGAUAUAUAAGAAGCCGUCGGUCCUAGUGCUGUCGUGCAUUGAGGCUAUCUUGGAAAUACCUGCGGAUAAGGACGGGCUCCCACGACCGGACCGAUUUAGUCACUUUAACACUUAUAAUCCCUGAACGCGCUGAGAAUAAGGCUGCAACGAAGAGACACACAGGGUUAUAAGAAAGGACGUGGGUCAGCGAGGCUCUGAUUUCUCAGAUUUCAGUAGCGAUGAGUGCACUGCGUACACCUGUCUUUAUGGGACUCGUACUGUUGAUCUUCACUGCCGGAUACUGCAAGCAGAGUACUGGUCGCAUAGACGCCAAGGACGACGUAAGCUUAUUUCAUAUGAUAAUGGACAGAGUAACGCAAAUGAAGGAGAGGCAGGCGGAGGACAGCCCCAAGUCACAAUACUCCACGAAAAGACCUGACCAUUCAAUUGAUGCAAGGGAUAUACAAGAUUACAAAACGAAUCAUAAUGCUCAAAGUGUUGAGGUCUUUCCUAGGGAUCUAAGGCAGAAGGAAAAGUUUUUAAAACACUUAACCGGGCCCCUCUACUUUAGUCCAAGGUGUAGUAAACACUUUUACAGGCUAUAUCAUACGACCAGGGACUGUACAGUACCAGCAUAUUACAAAAGAUGUGCAAGACUACUCACGAGCCUAGCGGGAAGUCAGAGAUGUAUGGAUGGUUAAAUCUGGCAAUUUUAACCACACAGACACAGAGAACCAAGAAUGUGCCUUGGACAACAACAGGGAAAAUUUAUUUCAAAAUAUUAAUAUUUCUCAUCCAUCGUUACCAACAAAAAUAUAUAUUUUUGCAAUGGAAAGAACUAUGUGGACAGAGUGAUUCAUAAGCUGUCAGCGCUAUCCGGAAGCACUUAAAACUGCAGUUUUGCUUGCCGUUACAUCUGAUGAUAGAAAUGAAGAUGUUUCCUGGAAGAGGAGAAAAUGUUAAAUGUCCUGCUGCCAAACAAAGGUGUUAAUUUUUAUACAAAAAACACUACAAUCAUGUUUAUGUGACAUGCCUUUCAUGGUUAUUUUUGUGCUAAUGGUUCCUUAGCAGCACUGGCUAAGCAAGGCUAGUGGAAAAUUCCUUUGAAUUAUUCCAGUCACUCAUUCUUAAAUGAGGAUUACACUAGAUCCCACGAUUAAAUUAUAAAUUGCAUGACAAUUUUCUUGCCUUUUUGUCUUUGUUAGACAAUAUUUCUUAAGCGGAGACAAAUAUUUAUGUGCAGAUUACAUUCUAUGAAAGAAAAUGAGCGAUUUCCUGAACACAGUUGAAUGUGACAUAUAAUAUAUAUUUAUAUAUUCAAAUUAUCAUUUGUCUCUGUACAUUAAAUGUAUGAACAUUCCAUCUAGUGUGCAAUAUGUAAAUAUUAAAUAUAUGAACUAUGAAUAAAAGUGCUUGGUUUGUAAUAUCA